GUCUUGAAUGUGUAGAAUGCAAUUAAAAAAUUUUUUGCCAACUUUUGGUGUUCAUAUUAUUGGCUAAUGAUGCCAUUGUUCUACUGUAAAGAUUUUGAAUCAGGCGGGAAUACUUAUUUAUCCAAAUUGAGAUUUUCAUCAUGACUGCUGGUGAUAUGUGUUUCUUAGUUGAAGGUGGUAUUUCCUACAACAAUUCUUCAUAAUUCCUCAUUGAUCUCACUGUUUUCUAAUUUGGGACCGUGGGGGUUUUGUUUGAUGGCCUGAUUGAUGCCAGAUGAAUGUCUACCAUUGGUUGGAAUACCAUAUUGUGCUUGAUUUUUCCCACAUUAUUAUGAGCAACCAACCACAUUCUUUGUUGUUGGCCGUCCCAAAGUAGCUUAAUGUUUUUGUGUCUUCAAUUUUGUGAUCAUGCUUCUGUGUGGUUGUAUUACUCAAUUUGGGGUAUUAUUAGCUGAAUUUUGGGGGAAAAAUCAUAGGUGAUUCACAGUUGAAUACUUCCCAUUAUCAUUACUUGCCUGUAACUUUAUAUUGUUGAUCUUAUUAGUACAGAGCAUGGAAAAAGAGGUGGCAUAAUUGAUGCAGGUUUCUUGGUUUCACUGUAUGAUCAUCUACGCAAGGGAUUAGCUUUUGGUUUCUUCAUCCAUGCCUUUAAGGCCACCACCUCUGCGAUCCAUGGCCAUAGAAUCUUCUUCUUGAAAAAUGAACAGACCAUGAUGUUCAAUGAAUGGAGCAACUUCCUGGGGCAAGUUCAUUGGGUUGAGAAUCUGAAAAAGCCCUUCACUCCUCCUCGUGAGGUCCAUGUUCAAGUCACUCAUUCCAUGCCACCUCAGAAGAUUGAGAUGUUCAAAUCACUGGAGGAGUGGGCAGAAAAUAAUGUUUUGGUGCAUCUGAAGUCUGUGGAGAAGUGCUGGCAGCCACAGGACUUCCUGCCAGAUCCUUCCUCAGAUGGAUUUUAUGAAGAAGUUAAAGAACUAAGAGAAAGGGCCAAAGAAAUCCCCGAUGAAUACUUUGUUUGCUUGGUCGGAGACAUGAUCACUGAGGAAGCUCUUCCUACAUAUCAAACAAUGCUCAAUACCCUUGAUGGUGUCAGGGAUGAAACAGGCGCAAGCCCUACUUCUUGGGCUGUCUGGACAAGGGCAUGGACUGCUGAAGAGAACCGACAUGGGGACCUCCUGAACAAGUACCUUUAUCUUUCUGGGAGAGUUGACAUGAAACAAAUAGAGAAAACCAUCCAAUAUCUAAUUGGUUCUGGAAUGGACCCAAGAACAGAAAAUAGCCCCUACCUUGGUUUCAUCUACACCUCAUUCCAAGAACGGGCAACCUUCAUUUCCCAUGGGAAUACUGCAAGGCACGCGAAAGAACAUGGAGACAUAAAGCUAGCUCAGAUAUGUGGGAUUAUUGCUGCAGAUGAGAAGCGCCAUGAGACUGCAUAUACUAAGAUUGUAGAGAAGCUGUUUGAGAUGGACCCAGAUGGCACUGUGCUUGCUUUUGCUGAUAUGAUGAAGAAGAGGAUCUCAAUGCCUGCUCAUCUGAUGUACGAUGGCAUUGAUGACAACCUGUUCGAGCACUUCUCAGCCGUUGCACAGCGCUUGGGUGUGUACACUGCCAAGGACUAUGCUGAUAUACUCGAGUUUCUUGUGGACAGGUGGAAGGUGGGUGACCUGACUGGCCUUUCUGGGGAGGGUAACAAGGCCCAAGACUUUGUCUGCGCCCUGGCGCCCAGAAUCAGAAGACUAGAAGAAAGAGCUCAGGGGAGGGCAAAUCGAGCUCCCACUAAAUCCUUCAGCUGGAUCCAUGGCAGGGAAGUGCAGCUUUGAGCAACUGAGGAAAAUAGAAGAAAGAAUGAGUUUUGGUUUGAUAGUUUGUGUUGUCCUAGUUUUUUAGUAUACAGGGUUUUGGAAAGUAGUUUUAAGGCAAAAGUACUAUGUUAUCUUUUUAUGCAUGGUUUCAUCUGUACUGUCAAAGGUUGUUAUUCUGGGUUGCUGUUGGUUGGCUGUAGAUACUCUAUGAGACUAAUGGAUGUAUUGGAGGAGAUGGUAUUUGCCAUAGGAGGUGUUCUGUUGUCAAAGUCUGUAAUAACACUUUCUUUCCUUGUAGCAUCCGAUGGAGUAAAUUGUGUUGCAUGUGCUCAUCA